AUGAAUCUGCCUACUGUAACAGCGGCUGAUCUUCGCGAUUUUCACUCCAAACAUUUCCCGCUGGCGCCAGUUCCGGAGCUUUUCAACGGUGGUUACGAGACACAACCCGAAGCCAUAGAGGAAUAUUAUGAUGAAGAGGAAGACGAUGGCUUAGGCUACUAUGAUGACGGUGUGAAGCGAACCUUGACGGAUGAGCAAAUUGCACUUUUCAGACACACAGAGAUCCAAACGAUCUUACGAGAGCGCCGCCGCAAGCUCGAAUCAGAAGCGUCAUCCCAAAGUGAAAACAUCACGCAAGGUCCACACAGCCCAGAGGCUGGAGAGGUCGUCACCUCAUCCCCGUCGUCGCCCAAGCCAGAGCUACCAGCCGGUACUCCGAAUCAAGCUACUCCAGAUAGCUCAGAGCCCCAGCAAGCGCAGCGUAAAUGGACACAGACCAGUGCGAAGUCUAAGGAGAGACAAAAGCGCAAAAACAAGAAGCGGAAGCUCGCAGUCCAACAGCGCAAAAAGGAUGAUAGGAAAAGGAUUCGCGAGAGUACUGCUACCUCGAACAGGGCCGAUGAUGAAUCCAGUGACGAAUGGGACCCUCGACGCCAGGCUACCGGGCCCGACGUGCAGAAUGCUGUUAGCAUUGAGCUCGACUACUGA